CCCUCACUGCGAGAUAUGAGUCUGUCAAAUAGCGGUCAUGUUCCGAUUUUCCAUCUUCCUCCAGCGUCGGACCCAGCUCUCCUCCUGGAGCUGAAGACCAGGCGGCCUCCGUCGCUGCUGGACCUGGCGGGAUGCGAGACGUGGAGCGUGGACUUCUCCCCGGACGGAGACUGGUUCGCCUGGUCGAUGGGACACGGCAUCGUGUGGGUGGUCGCCUGGCCUCUGGACUCCGAAGAGGGGCAGGAUGGAGAGACGGACAGGGCAGAUAAGAGCUUCAGCUGUGGUCACCCAGUGUGGGCGCUCGCCUUCGGACCCAGACCUCCCAGGUCGGCGGCAGCGGCUCAUCCGACUAAGCUGUCUAAAGGACAGAAAGGGAAGAGCACUCUGCUCCUGGCCACCGGCUUGGAGAACGGGGUGAUCAAGGUGUGGAACGUGCUAACAGGGAAUGCUGUUUUUGAUCUCCACGGCCACGAGGGCGUCGUCAGGAAUCUGGUUUUUCCACAGAACGGAUCGCUCACGCUCAUCUCAUCCUCCCGGGACAAAACUUUGAGGAUUUGGGACCUGGCUCACAAAGGUAAAAAGGUGCAGGUGCUUUCUGGCCACAAAGACUGGAUCAGCUGCUGCAGCGUCUCAUCUGACUGCAGCAUGAUCGCUUCCGUUGGCAGGUUUGACAGAAUGGUGUGCCUGUGGAGUCUGCGCUCGUAUACGUUUAUCAGGAACCUAACAGGAGGGACCAAUAAGAAGCUAUGCCUCCUGUCCUCCUGCGACUUCUCUCCAGACGGAGCGGUUCUCGCCACCGCCGCCUUCAGCGGCUGCAGCUGGUGGAUCGACCUUUGGGAUCCCUACACGGCCGAGAAACUGGCCACUCUUGCAGAUUACUUUGAAGAUUAUGGGCAAAACCAAAUAUCUGCAAUCCAGUUCUCCCCAGAUGGUUUGUAUUUGGCAAUCGUGACUGAUGACAGAGCUCUGAGAAUCUGGGAACCUGGAGAGAGACACAUGACAAUGCAGACAAAGAGAGACCAAGACUCCAGCGGACUCUGCUGCAACUACCUUCCACAAGGAGGCGUUAUUGCUACAGGGACCAGAGACGGCCAUGUGAGGUUCUGGAGGACACCCCGGACGGUUCCCAGUUUGUGCCACCUUUGCCGCUCUAUAAUGCGCCACUCAGUGUCAACGCACCAGAUCGAGGCGCUACCGCUCCCCAAGCGGAUCCUGGAGUACCUCACCUACAGAAACAUCCCGGAACGCCUCAAGACCUGUUGCUCGUCUGACGAGGAGGACUGGGAGAGUUAAAUAGGACUAAUAAAUCUGACAACUUAGUAACUUUAUACACUAACAAACUUGCCUUUUUGUUUACCAAUAGGAGAUGGGUUCAAAGUUUGAGAUUAAUGAAAACAAUCUAGCGAUGUAAUCUAUUUUAGAUGCACUAAGGGACUUCAUUUAUUGCACUACCACUUUAAUAAGACGCAUAAAAUAAAUGUUCACAUAUGACUUGAAUAUUACGAUUUUAUACUGCUAAUUUAUUGUGUAAAUAAGAACUGUAGAUAUAUUUCUAAUUCCUGUGGUAUCAAAGAGCAGGUGUGUUUCUGCUUAAUUUGCACAUGUUAAUUGUUAAUAUGAAGUAACCCCAAUUAAAGAAUAAAGUUUUAUUAAACAGAU